CCAAAACUUUCUCAUAGUGAAAAGAAAAAAAAAAAGAAGCAAUUAAGAUAUCAUGGUGUCCCAAACAAAGCCCAAGAUUCCAAAAAUAGAUUUCACCAAAGAAAACUUGAAACAUGGCACAAGUUCUUGGAUUGAAACAAGCAAUGAAGUCAAGUGUGCCCUAGAAGAGUAUGGAUGCUUCGUGGCAGUGUAUGAUAGGGUUUCAAUGGAGCUUUACAACGAGGUGUUUGGGUCAUUGGGAGAGUUGUUUGAUCUCCCAAAAGAGAUCAAAGUGAAGAACACUUCUGAUAAGCCUUACUUUGGGUAUAUUGGGGAUGAGCCUAUCAUUCCCCUCUAUGAAGGCUUUGGCAUUGAUGAUGCACCUACUCUUGAAGGAGCUCAAAGUUUCACAAAUCUUAUGUGGCCUAAUGGAAAUGACCAUUUCUGUAAAACCAUGCACUCUUAUUCAGU